GUGAUAGCAGCCGAAAACGAUGUCAUUAGAUCAGUUCACGCCAAAAUGCCGCUCACUCUGCAUGGAUACAACCUGAGCCCCCCAGUGAGAGCCACCCUUCUCACCUUAAAAGCUUUGGGGCUGGAAUACAACCACAUACCGGUCAGCCCAGCUGCUAAGCAACACCUCACCCCCGAAUACCUGAAGCUGAACCCGCUGCACACCAUUCCCACCCUGGAAGACGGCGACUUCGUCAUCUACGACAGCCACGCCAUCAUCGCCUACUUGGCAGACAAGUAUGCAGACGGAGGCGCCCUCUAUCCCAAAGACGUCGAAAAGAGGGCAAUCAUCAACCAAAGGAUGUACUUCGACUGCGGGACGCUGUUCCCGAAGUUCAUCGAGGUCAUCCGGGCGUUCUUUGCCGGAGCCAAGACGAUCAGCAAGGACUUCAUCGCUAGGAUAACGGAGGUGUACACCUUGCUGGAAACCCUCCUAGAAAACAGCACGUACGUCGCUGGAGAAGAGCUUUCCCUGGCAGACUUCAGUGUCGUCUCAACAGUGACUAGUAUGAACACUGUCGUUCCUUUGGCGACCAACAGAUACCCGAACAUAAUCAAGUGGAUAGAGAGGUUGCAAGAGUUACCAUAUUACUUUGAAGGCAACCAAGAAGGCGUUGACAAGUUAGCGGCGGCCAUUAAGAGUAUGAUGUCGUGAAUGGCACUUGAUUUGAUAAUAAAACUAGGGUAUUGUUGAAGUAUAUAGUCGAAUAAACGGGGUUCUUCUAGAAA